AUGUACAACGUCUCCCCCUUCCCAGACUUUGAGGAUGCACAAAAAGUCCACCAGUACAUCCAGGACAGGCGCGUUAUCGGCUACGACCCACUCGUCCAACCUGCUCUCUUAAGACAUGAAAUCGUCUCUUCAAAGAACUCACAAAGGACAAUCGCUUCAGCUCGUUACAACGCCGCCCGCAUCCUCGCAGGCCACGACGAUCGCGUCCUCGUCGUCGUCGGGCCCUGUUCAAUUCAUUCGCCAGAACAAGCGCUCGAGUAUGCCCACCUCCUCAAAGCAAAGCUGAAUGACUGGCCUAAUCUCCUCAUCGUCAUGCGCGCCUACUUCGAGAAACCCCGUACCACCGUUGGAUGGAAAGGCCUCAUCAACGAUCCAGACAUUGAUGGAUCCUUCAAGAUCAACAAGGGCCUGCGCAUCGCUCGCCAACUUCUCUGUGACCUCACCGACCUUGGCGUCCCUGUCGGCUCAGAACUCCUGGACACAAUCUCGCCACAAUACAUCGCCGAUCUCAUCUCCUGGGGCGCCAUCGGUGCCCGAACGACCGAAUCCCAACUCCAUCGCGAACUCGCAUCUGGCGUCUCUUUCCCCAUCGGUUUCAAGAACGGAACAGAUGGGAGCGUCUCCGUCGCCAUCGAUGCCAUGUCCUCGGCCUCAAAUCCCCACGCCUUCAUGGGUGUAACAGAGCAGGGCCUCGCAUCCAUCGUCAAAACCCGCGGGAAUCAGGACGUGCACGUCAUCCUUCGUGGUGGAACUGGUGGUCCCAAUUACGCCUCAGAACACGUCCGCAAAGCCGUCGCCGUCAUUGAGAAAAAAUCAAAAGGAAAGGAAGAUGGUAAAAUACCCAGCGUUAUGAUCGACUGCAGUCACGGAAAUUCACUCAAGAAUCACAACAACCAACCCAAAGUGCUUUCCGACAUCGCAGAGCAACUUGCCGCCGGUGAGAAGAAUAUUACGGGUGUCAUGAUCGAGUCGCACAUCCACGCUGGCCGACAAGAUGUCCCCGCUGACGGCCCAAGCGCGCUCAAAUGGGGUGUGAGUAUCACGGACGCGUGUGUCGACUGGGAUACAACCGUCAAGAUGCUCACAGAACUGGACGAAGCUGUGAGUAAACGGCGUGAAACCCUGAUUGCUGAGGGCUUCAAGCGUCCCGCUGCUUUCGAGCUCGCGCAGGCCGCAGAUGUUUCUGCCCCACCCCAAACCGCAGAAGCUACUGUGCAAACACAAGCUCUAGACGCUCCAGUGUCAACCUCAUGA